CAGCAAAUCUACAUUCAUAUCCCAAAAUGAAGCCAUUGAAGAUAGUUGCUGCGCUUUUUCUGCUCUCCUUUUCUGGGCAUCCAGAAGCACAUACUGUUACAUUUUAUGUACAGAACAAAUGCCCCUUCCCUAUCUGGCCGGCAACUGCCCCAAACACCGGCCAUCCGGUGCUAGCAGAUGGCGGGUUCUACCUUCCACCUGGCCAAACUCAACGCAUUGAUGCCCCGUGGACAUGGAAUGGCCGGAUUUGGGCCCGGACCGGCUGCAACUUCAACUCACAACAGGCUUGUGAAACUGGAGACUGUGAUGGGAGACUCCAAUGCAAUGGACUAAUUGGCAAGCCUCCUGCCACUCUGGUGCAAGUUUCUCUCACUGGAGACAAGGGCAAGCCGAAUUUUUACGACAUUAGCCUGGUUGACGGCUACAAUCUCCCUGUUUUAAUGACUACAAAACCUUUUUCAUCCAAAUGUAGUAUUGGAGGCUGCUCGAAAGAUCUAAAAUCUAUGUGCCCACAAGAGCUUCAGGUCACGAACUCAGGCGGGGACAACGUUGUGGCUUGUAAAAGUGCGUGCUUGGCGUUUGAUCUUGACUCAUUUUGCUGCCGGAAUGAGUAUGGGACGCCGGAGAAAUGCAAGCCUAAUAUUUACUCAAAGAUGUUUAAGGAUGCUUGUCCUUCUUAUUACAGUUAUGCUUAUGACAUGCCUCCUCCAUUGGUGAAUUGUGCUGCUAAAGAGUAUGUCAUUACAUUCUGUCCUUCAUCUUGGGGUGUUGAUGAGCAUGAUUCAAUGUAAAGUUCUUUAUUGUCAUUCUCAUCUCUACACCCUACAUGGUAUUGGAGAUCUUCGAUUAAGAUUGAUUAGUUGUAGAAUUGCAAUCUACUAAGAAUAAUGAUGCCCUAAAAAAUUUGGAAUUUCAAU